AUGGAAACCGCUGAAGAAAUUCCUACUUUGGUCGACAUUGAACCUUUUGGUAGUGCACUAACUAGCAAUCAACAAGAAUUAAAACAAACGUUAACAACUGUAAAAGAUAAUAUUUCUUCUGUUCACGACGGCAAAGUUCCUGUUACCAUAAUAACUGGUAGUGGAAUUGAUAAAGCUCUAUCAGUUGGAAUGGAUGGGGAUUUGUUUGAAGAGUGGUUGGAGCUGCGUAAUGGGUGUCUAUGUUGCUCAAUCAAGGAUGUUGGAGUAAAAGCGAUUGAGAGUUUAAUGGAGAAAAAAGGAAAGUUCGAUUAUAUAUUGUUGGAGACUACUGGACUUGCCGAUCCAGGCCCUAUCGCAUCAAUGUUUUGGCUUGACGAUGAAAUAGACAGUGAUAUUUAUCUCGACGGAAUCGUUACAAUCGUAGAUGCAAAGUAUAUUGAAAAGUAUAUUCUCGAAAAAAAAGCCAAAGGAUCUAUAAAUGAAGCUGUAAGACAACUCGCUAUGGCUGAUAGGAUAAUCCUUAAUAAGAUUGAUUUGGUUUCCAAUGAUGAGCUUAAAGCCAUCGAGAAGAGGAUAAAAUCGAUAAAUGCGGCUGCAGAACUUUUGCGAACAGAGCGAUCAAGAGUUCCAAUAGAUUUUAUAUUGGAUAUACACGCUUUCGAUGAUAAAGUUAAUCCACUUACAGAGAUUACGUCUCAUUUUACUGAGAAAGACAUUCCAGAUGUAGAACGACAUCUUGAUGAGGACGUGCAAACGAUAUGCAUAGAAUUUCCCGUAAAAGCUCUCAAUAUUUCAAAAUUUGAACGAUGGAUACAGAAUUUAUUAUGGGAAAAAACCAUUCCAUUGUUGGUUUCUCAGAAUCCCGCGUCGUUAGAUCCUGCUACUACUUUUAACACUAUCAAUACAAAUUCUACUUCAGAAUCAGAAAUAGCAAUUUUACGACUUAAGGGUAUUCUAACACCUGAUGAUAAAGAGCUACCUCGUGUUAUUAUACAAGGGGUUCAAGAACUGUAUGAUUUGCACUACACGAGUAAAAAGGGUAGGACUGAUGAGGUUAAAGAGGAUAAUGUUAGAAUACAGGAUAAGUUAAUUAUUAUCGGCAGAAAUCUUGACUUUAAAAGAAUAAAGGAAUCAUUGUGGAAUUGGAUGGGUUGGUAA